UGACAGCAGAGGAGGUCGAUGGGAACAUGGCGUUCUCUAGUGGACUAGUUGGAGGUGCAUUUAGUUCAUUGCUUAAAUGGUGUUUGCGAGUCGAACAAAGUGGAUUGCGCAUUUUGGGCUUGAGCCCUUGGUCUCCGGGCCCAGCUCUGGCAGUGCAGGGUCCAAUAUCCUGUCCCUUUCCAGAUGUGCAUUCUGAUGAUAAAGACUCUGCCCCAGGAUUUAUGGAUAGCAUUUUCUGGAUGGCUGCACCCAAAAAUAGAAGAACAAUUGAAGUUAAUCGCUGCAGAAGAAGAAAUCCAAAUAAAUUAAUAGAGGAGAAGACCAAUGUUGACGUGUGCCCUGAGUGUGGACAUCUCAAAUUAAAACAUGUUUUGUGUGGUUACUGUUAUGAGAAAGUUCAGCAAGAGACCCAUCUAAUAAGGAAAGAAAUAAAAGCAAAAGAAGGCGGGCCAUUUAGAGCUCCCACAAAAGAGACAGUGGUCCUUUAUGAUGGUGAAAAGGCACGAUCAGAAGAUGAAGAGAAAAGGGUUAUUGAAAGAAGCCGUAAGCGUCCUUUAUGGUUUGCUUAUUGAUAGGAUUUUCUAUUAUUUGUUGUUAGGCAAAAGGAUUGUAAUAAGAAUCCAUAACGUUCCCUUGUGGUUUUCUUAUUUAUGUGGUUCUAUUAAAUAUAAAGUAUUUCACAGUUGUUGUAAAAUAAAAUACAAAUCUUUGUAGUAAA